CGCUUCUCCUCUUACCCCAUUGAACACCCCCUCCACUCUCAUUCACUUGGAAAAUGUUCGCCCGUCAGACCUUCCGCUGUGCCCAGCCCUUGAGGCAGAGCUUCCGCAAGUACUCUACGGAGGCUCCCAAGGCCAAGUCGCUGGCCCCUAUCUACACUGCUGUCGGCCUGACCGGUCUGAGCGUGGGCUUGUACCGCUACUACUAUGGAGCUACGGCCGAGGCUCCUGUUGAGCGCGCCAAGGUUUUCACUGGUGGUGACCAGGGAUGGGUGGACCUGAAGCUGUCGGAAAUUGAGGUCCUCAGCCACAACACCAAGAGAUUGCGCUUCGAGUUCGAGGACAAGGAGGCCGUCUCCGGUGUCUCUAUUGCUUCUGCUCUCUUGACCAAGUUCAAGCCCGUUGGCGCCGAGAAGGCCGUCCUCCGUCCUUACACCCCCACCAGCGAUGAAGACCAGCCUGGCUACCUCGACCUUGUCGUCAAGGUUUACCCCAACGGACCCAUGUCUGAGCACCUGCACAGCAUGAACGUCGACCAGCGUCUUUCCUUCAAGGGUCCUCUCCCCAAGUACCAGUGGGAGGCCAACAAGCACGAGCACAUUGCCUUGAUUGCCGGUGGCACCGGUAUCACUCCGAUGUACCAGCUCAUCCGCCAGAUCUUCAAGAACCCCGACGACAAGACCAAGGUUACCCUUGUGUACGGUAACGUCUCCGAGGACGAUAUCCUCCUGAAGAAGGAGCUCCAGCAUCUCGAGAACACCUACCCCCAGCGCUUCAAGGCUUUCUACCUCCUCGACAAGCCUCCCAAGGAGUGGACCGGCGGCAAGGGCUACAUCACCAAGGAGCUCUUGAAGACCGUCCUUCCGGAGCCCAAGGAGGAGAACCAGAAGAUCUUUGUCUGCGGUCCUCCUGGCCUCUACAACGCCGUCAGCGGUAACAAGGUCAGCCCUAAGGACCAGGGCGAGCUGUCCGGUAUCCUGAAGGAGCUGGGCUACAACAAGGACCAGGUCUACAAGUUCUAAACGAUUCGGUUUUAGAUUAGAUUUAGAUAUGAAGAUAUCAGUGUAUUUUUGAAUGUCAAAACAUAUUCAAUUGGAACAUCUACUUGGCG